GUUAUUACAAACCUUCACGUAGUCCUUUUUUUUUGUUUCUUUAAUCAUGUCAAGCAAUACUGAAGAUAUCGUACCUCUCGGUUCAAAGGACGACAAUGUAACUUUUUUCAAGAAAAGAUCGACCAACAAGAAUAUUCGCAAGCGUAAAACACCUGCCAAGGCAAAGAGUGAUUCAGACGACGAUGAUUCUGAAGACGAUGAUGUAGUUUCAGAAGUAGUAACAAAGAAUCGCAAAACAGGUGCUAAUCCCUUUGUACAAAGUACACGUAAAAGAAGAGUCAAAAAGGGAGAUUCAGACGAUGAAGAGGAUGAUGAAGACAUCAUAGGUGUUCAAUAUGCUGCUGAUCGAUCAACAGCACUCAAAAAGAAUGAUGCCACACGAUACGAUACCGAAUGGGAGCUUGAAAAGAAAGAACUAGACAAAAAGAAGCCUGAACCCAAAAAGAAUGUACUCAAUUCAAAAAUGUCUGUAGGCCCUCAACGUGCUCCUGCUAACCUUAGAGUUACUCAACGCUUUGAUUAUCAACCAGAUGUUUGUAAAGAUUAUAAGGAAACUGGUUUUUGUGGUUAUGGUGAUACAUGUAUUUUCUUGCAUGAUCGUGGUGAUUACAAGACAGGUUGGCAGCUGGAACAAGAAUGGGAAGAAGCACAAAAGAACAAGACUCGCUUUGGUGCAUCCGAUCCAAACCAAUAUGCUAUCUCAGAAGACGAUUCAGACGAAGAAUUGCCUUUUGCCUGCUUAAUUUGUCGAGAAGAAUUCGUGAAUCCUGUAGUGACGCGUUGUAAUCAUUAUUUCUGUGAAGCAUGUGCUAUUCGAAACUACAAGGAAUCGCCCAAAUGUUUUGCUUGUGGUGCUCCCACACAAGGCGUGUUUAACACAGCCAAGAAAAUAUUAGAAAAGCUUCACAAGAAGCAUAAGCGUAUGGAAGAGAAUAAUGAAGAAAAAGCAAGUGAUAUAGAAGACAAUGGAUUUAUUGAAGGACUAGAAACAAUAGAGAAUGAAAGUGAUUCUGACUAGAAUGAAAGUGAUUCUGACUAAAAUAAAAUGUGUAAAUAAAAUAUGUUUGUUCUGCGUAGAAAUGCUACUAAUGGCC